UAAGAUUCUCUUUGCAUUAUUGACAAGGUAAAAGAAAGGUCUUUUGCACAUUUUAUGGAAGGAAUAUACUUAUCUGUGUCCCUGGUCUUAUGCUUCUGGUAUUUCCAGGCAUCAAUUUAUGGCCAGGAAAGCAAUUGCACAGCCACAAUUAUCGUGUCCCAGAUCCCUUCCGUGAUCAAGUUGUAAUUUUGAUUGGGAGUGCAGCAAGUGCGGUUGAUAUAAGCAGGGACAUUGCUGGAGUUGCCAAGGACGUACAUGUUGCAUCUAGAUCAGUUGCUGAUGAAACACAUAUGAAGCAGCCUGGAUAUGAUAACAUGUGGUGUCAUUCUAUGAUAGAAUGCGUGUGUGAAGAUGGUACAGUGAUUUUCCGAAAUGGGAAAGGCAUCCUUGCCGAUGUUAUUAUGCACUGCACAGGGUACAAGUACCAUUUUCCCUUCCUUGAAACAAAUGGCACCGUGAGUGUGGAUGACAAUCGUGUGGAUCCGCUGUACAAGCAUACCUUCCCCCCCACAUUAGCCCCCUGGCUUUCAUUUAUUGGGAUACCAUGGAAGAUUGUUCCAUUCCCUGUCUUUGAGCUUCAAAGCAAGUGGGUUGCUGGUGUUUUAUCUGGUCGAAUUAUGCUUCCAUCACAAGAAGAGAUGAUGGAAGAUGUCAAGGCUUUUUACUCGACAACUGGAGCUUCUGGCAUACCUAAGCGAUACACUCAUUUUAUGUCUGAUUCUCAGUUUGAGUACUGCAAUUGGCUUGCUGCGCAAUGCGGAUGCUCAGGCUAUGAGAAAUGGAGAGAGCAAAUGUACCAUGCUUGUUCUAAGAACAAGCGUGUCCAACCAGAGACAUACCGUGAUGAAUGGGAUGAUCACGAUCUGGUUUUGCAAACACACAAGGAAUUCACAAAAUACUCCUCAACUGCUGUUAAUGACAAAUGUAGGAGUGAAUCCUUUACGGUACAAAGGUAAACUUACCAGCUCCAUUAUUCCCUAUGGUUCUCUCAUCAAUACAUGUUAAACGUUCUUAUUAACCUUCCUUGUCAAUAAUAUGGAAAAUACCAG